CAAAGCCUUUGAGGAUGAAAGAGGAAGCCCCGGGGACCGCCUUAAAGCCGCUGGUGUUCCGGGUGGAUGAGAGCACACCCCGGGUUGUACAGAGUGUCCUCCUCGAGCGUGGGUGGGACAAGUUUGACGAGCAGCGUCAGGAUGUGGAGGACUGGAACCUCUACUGGAGGUCGUCCUCCUUCCGCAUGGCGGAGCACGUCAAUGUCAAGCCCUGGCAGAGGCUCAACCAUCACCCAGGGACAACCACCCUCACCAGAAAGGACUGCCUGGCCAAGCACCUGGCGCACAUGAGGAGGCUCUACGGCGGCGAGGCCUACGAGUUCACACCCCUGACGUUCAUCAUGCCCAACGACUACACCAAGUUUGUAGCCCAGUACUUCAAGGAGAAGCAGGUUCUGGGCACCAAGCCAAGCUACUGGAUCUGCAAGCCGGCAGAGCUAUCUCGAGGGAGGGGGAUAGUCAUUUUCAGCGACAUUCGAGAUCUCAUCUUCAAGGGCACGUCAUACGUGGUGCAGAAGUACAUCUGCAACCCUUUCCUCGUGGGCAGGUACAAGUGUGACCUCCGCAUCUAUGUCUGCGUCACCGGCUUCAGGCCUUUGACCAUUUACAUGUACCAGGAAGGGUUAGUGCGGUUCGCCACCGAGAAGUUCGACCUCAGUAACUUGCAGGACUAUUACGCCCACCUGACCAACAGCAGCAUAAACAAGUCUGGGGUCUCGUACCAGAAGAUCAAGGAGGUGGUGGGCCAGGGCUGCAAGUGGACCCUCAGCAGGUUCUUCUCGUACCUUCGGAACUGGGAUGUGGACGACCUGUUACUGAGGCAGAAGAUCAACCGCAUGGUGAUCCUCACGGUCCUGGCUGUGGCUCCGUCGGUGCCUGUCGCCAGCAACUGCUUCGAACUUUUUGGAUUUGACAUCCUUAUUGACGAGAACCUGAAGCCGUGGCUUCUAGAAGUCAACUACAGCCCUGCUUUGACCUUGGACUGUUCCACAGAUGUCUCUGUGAAGAGGAACCUUGUCCAUGACAUUAUUGAGCUGAUUUACUUAAAUGGCCUGAGGAGCGAGGAGGAAAAGUGCAGCGUGGCUUCUUUAGGGAGCGCCAAGGUCUCCCUGGGGGGCUGUCAGCGCGAGCUCCGCACAGCCCCUAACUCCCCUCCCUACAUUUCUCUCAGUUUUGCAAGCAGGAGAAGCAGUAAAAGCAGCCCAGCUGUCCAGAGAGCACACGUGCAUGUGUGGCCCAAGCACACACGGACCUCCAAGCUCAGAGAGAUGAUGAACAGGCAGGACUUGCUUCUGACGAGAGAGGCAGCCAAGAGCAAGCCGAAGCUCAAGGCUUGGCGGACGCCUCACAAGGUGUUAGCACAGUCAGAGCCCCACAAGACGAAGAGGCCUGGGCCCGCGGGCGUCCUCCCAGACGCGGGGCAUGCACCAAAUGACCACGCAGGCAAUUUUGUUCUCAUUUUUCCUUUCAAUGAGGCUACUUUCGGGGCCUCCAGGAACGGAUUAAAUGUCAAAAGAAUAAUUCAAGAGCUCCAGAAAUUAAUGAAUAAACAACUCUCAAGUGAUAAAAGCUAA